AUGGCGGCGCGGCGGGACAUCGGCAAGAGGGCGCGCACCACCGGCACGGUCGACGCUGAACUGCGGCUCAGCCCGCCGGGCUAUGGUGGCGGUGCUUGCACGGACAACAAGUACGUGAAGGUCAGCGUGGAAGGAGCCCAGUACCAGCGGAAGGUGGACCUGGGGGCGUACGGAGGGCACGCGGAGCUCAGGGCGGCGCUCCUGGGCCUGGCCGGCCAGAUGCUGGGCCUGAUUGCUUGGUGUAGUUCUCGUGACAUGGUCGUGGCCUACGAGGACAAGGACGACAACAUCUUGCUCGCCGGCGACCUCCCGUGGGACAUGUUCGUCUCCGACUGCAGGAGCGUCAGGAUUAUGAGACAAUUGGCGAUGAUGACCAAGACAAACGGCUAG